AUGCUCUCUGCACAAGAUACAAACCGGCGUGUAUACAUGCACCCUACACCAGCUACUAGUAUACCCCUUACCCUUCAUCCACGACAUACCCCUAUCUCACGAUGCAACUCUAAUUCCAAUGUUCCCUAUCCAAGUCAACGAGCCACGGAGCAAGCCAUGAGAACACAAAACCACGAUUUACAGCAUAUUUGGAUCAUCACAGGCCCUGCAGGCUGUGGGAAAACGACAGUCGCCAAAAGCUUGAGUAAGAAGCUGCAAGUGGAAUAUAUUGAAGGUGACGACGUCAGUAACUACACCCUCUUCUUCCCUAGUCUCACCACCUCAAAAGGAUGUCGCUUCACAGCAUAUGCCUGGAGGUACUGCAAAGGAUAUAGUUCCGGAAAACUAACAGUACUAAAACCAAAGUACCACCCAGAAAGCAACAAGCAGAAGAUGAGAAAUAACAACCCGCUGGACGAUGGGGACCGGUGGGACUGGCUAAUCGCACUGCGCGACGCCGCUAUAGAGUCGCUUCAACGACACUCAGCCGUCGUGAUGACAUGUUCCGCGUUAAAGAGGAAGUAUCGUGACGUCAUGCGGGUCGCAGCCUACAACCACCCCACGGUCCAAAUCCACUUUAUCUACCUCGACGCCGAAGAGGACGUGCUUGUCCGGCGAGUUACGGCGCGGAAGGGUCAUUACAUGCCGCCUACGAUGGUCCAUUCGCAGUUCCAAGCUCUGGAAAAACCAUUGUCGGGCUCGGAGGGGGAUGCGAUAACCGUGUCGUGCGACGCCAAGCCGAAUGUGGUGCAGGAUCGUGUGAAUCGCGAGGUAGACCAAAUUAUGGAGCAACAUAAAUAA